GAGUCUGCCCGGAACCACGAGCGGGGUAUGCAAGGGGAGAAGGAGGCUUCCUGGACUCUCAUCACAGCCAGGGAAGACUCUGCGCCUCACGUCAACCCACUAACAACCACACACCCACAUACGGAUAUGUAGUGGAGAUAAGACGUGAGGUUGCUCCUCGUUUUCCUUCCCUCCAUUCACUUGCAUUUUGCUCUUCGUUUUCAUCUUCCUUGGAUUCCAUCCACUUCCGUGUUGUCUUCGCCGCUGCAGCUCCAGGUUAGUUUACUACUCUACUUAUCCUCGCAGAUCUGUUGUGUACGUAUCGUAGUGGCACUGUUUGUUUACUGGUGCAGAGCUCGAUUGGUUUACUGGUCAAGAUCUGAUUUGUGCAAAGCUCCGUUGGUUUACUGGCGGAGAACCAAAAAAAGAGCCGAGCAGUUAAACUGCUCACAAGGGGAAGCAAUAACAUGGCGGAUGGGCCAAGCCAUAUGCCACUCCAUUUAUUGGAAAGUAUGACCGAUAAUUUCUCUGAAGAGCGGGUGCUUGGCAGUGGUUCGUACGGAAAAGUUUAUCGGGUAAUCCACAAGCGACAAUACUUCUUCUAUCAAUCUUGUUAAGGAGCAACUUGCAUAUGAUCUUUCAGAAAUCUAUGUAUAUUCAAGGAUGUGUAUUUGGGGGGAGCGGGAAGAUGGUCAAAAAAUUGCUGUAAAGAUUCUUCACGGCAUGUCAGGACAUGACGAUGUGCAAUUUGAUAAGGAAUUUGACAAUCUUGUAAAUCUGCAACACCAGAACAUCGUGCGGUUAGUUGGUUAUUGCCAUGAAACCCGACGAGAAUACUUGCCGUGCAAUGAAACUAAGGUUCUUGCAGAUGUGACAAAAAGGGCGCUUUGCUUUGAGUUUAUGGAAAAUGGAAGCCUUAGCGACUGUCUUUUUGAUGAAUCUAAGGGACAUGGUUGGCGCACACGCUACGCCAUAAUCAAGGGUAUUUGCAAUGGUUUGAAAUACCUUCAUGAGGAAUUGAAGCCUCCUAUUUUUCAUUUGGAUCUAAAACCAGCCAACAUAUUGCUGGAUAAGAACAUGACCCCGAAAAUCGCAGAUUUUGGAUUGUCCAGAUUCUUCAAGGAAGAAAAAUCUCUUAGCACUAAUAGUCCUAUAGGAACACUUGGGUACUUACCACCAGAGUUUAUACAUCAUGGAAUAAUCUCAAAUAAAUUGGAUAUAUUCAGCCUGGGAGUUGUUGUUAUAAAGAUAAUUGCAGGUCCUACAGGCCACCGCAGAAGUGCUGAAAUGACCUACAAGCAAUUCAUUAAGAUUGUACAUGGGAAUUGGAUGAAUAGGCUACAAUCAGCGGCGUCACAGGAUUUGUUGGAGUCGUAUUCUGAACAAGUAAAGAGAUGCGUCCAAAUUGCUUUAUGUUGUGUGGAGGCCGAUCGGCAGAGAAGGCCAACUAUAGGGGAUAUUGUUAAUAUGCUAACUGAGACCGAGACACUAGAAAACUAUCAGGGGACAUUAAUUGACCAGAUGAGCACUUGCAUGGUCAAGGACACUAAAUUGAUAGAGGUCCAUCCCCUCCAGCUCCACUUCUCUUUCCGGCCAAACAAGUUUAUCUCCUGCCCAUUUCACGUAACUAACAACAUGAAUGAUCAGUGUGUGUCCGUGAGGUGUGUCCCAAAACACAAGGAGGCAACCCCUUACUACUAUGCCCGUGUGAGCCGCAUUGUCGGUGUUGUGCCACCAAGGUCCACGCACACCUUCGUUGUAAAGAUGAAACAAGUAGAGCAGCCGCCAGCCAACAUGGCCGUGCUUGACAUGGUCGUAGAGACUAUCGUAGGGGAAGUACUGCCUUGGGAUGAUUCGCUUGAGAGGUAUUUUAAAGAUGCUAGAAAAGAAAACAGCUAUGGAUUUCGUGAGGUGACCCUAAAGGCCGUCUGUGCAACAAUGAGCAAGACGGCGACAUCUGAGAUCAUGCUUCAUGAUGAUGAUUACAAUGAACUAUUGUCAAUGGAUGCGCACCCUACAGAGCCUUGGAUUUUGGCAGGCUAUAUCAGGCGACUUGUCAUUUGGAACUACAAGACCCAGACAAGAAUGAUGGAUUGUGAACUCUACGCUGGGUUAGCUCAUUCCAUCAGAAACUUUUUCUCCAUAUCCGAUGGUGCGUUUGUUCGCACCGUUAGGUUCAUCGUGCAGUCGACGGAGCAGUUGUUCUUGGUGGGGGAUUGGGACGGGUAUAUCCACGUGCAUGACUGUAUGACAAUGAAGAGAGUCAAGGAAUUCAAAGCUCACGACGAUUGGGUCACAUCGUUCGCUGUUCACCCGAGUCAACCAUUUGUGCUGUCAGCAUCUAAUGACAAACUGAUCAAGCUUUGGAACUGGGAGAAGGGGUGGGAGUGCAUCCGGACAUUCACUGGGCACUCAAGCUCUGUGAAGCAAGUCAAGUUUAAUCCGCAUGAUGCCAAUACUUUUGUCAGUGCUUCCAAUGACCGCACGGUGAAGAUCUGGAGAGUUGUUUCACCCAUUCAUGUCACCAGCCUCAAGUGCGAAGAGGUACAGGCACACGUUGAUUACUAUCCCACGGGUGGUGAUCAGCAGCACUACAUGGUAACAGGAUCAGCAGCACAACAUGGUUACAGGAUAGGGACGGCACGCAUCUGGGAUUCGCGAACAGAGACAUGUAUCCGUGAAAUCAAGAGGCUCCAGUCACCCUGUAUAGUUGGUGUUAUCGAUUGCCACCCGGAGCGUCCAGUGUUGGUUACCGCGUCAGAGUUCUAUGGUGUUUCUCUCCACGACUCCACAACCUAUAGGUGCGUGGGAACGGUUCAUUUCGGUCUCGGCCAGGUUGUAUGUUUUGCAUACGUCAAGGGCAUAAGAAGCAUCGCCAUUGGACAUGAGCACGGAGUUGCAAUCUUGGAAAUCGAUAGAUAUUUUCCGAAGGUCCUGCCUCAAGUAAGGCAACCAGGGAACGAAGGGAGAUAAAGCUUGAAAGAUGGAGCAGGAAUUGCACGAUUGAGUUAUGCCAAUGCAAAAUUGGUGCAGACAUUGUUCUCAAUGGGGUUAUUCAAUUAUGUGAUUAGCAAUGUUUAUUUCUAUUACUUUUUUAAAAGAGGUUUUCCCCCGGCCUCUGCAUCCGAAAGAUGCAUGCGGACAAAUUUAUUUCUAUUGUUGAAGUAUAUAAUUUUGUUGUGUGCAUUGGAGUAUGUUCUGAUUGAUGAAACAUGGGUUCCCCCAAAAUUUACAUGUCUUCAUGAGUUUCUAA